UACUUGGCAACCCUACCGCCCUGGCGUCUUUGGCCCAUCAAGUCGUUUUUAUUUUCGUUUAUUUAUGUACUACAGCUGCCGGGCUGCCUAAUUUUCCGACGAUUGGGAGCUAGACAUGGGCUCCUCCAAGAAGCACAAAAAGAAUAAGUCGGAGCGACGCGAGAAAUAUGAAGAGUACAGCCAACACCAGGAUCCAGCGCAACUGCAGCGCGGUUUAAAGUUAAUCUUGAAAGUUGGAUCGAAUGCAACACCGGAGUACAGUGCCAAUUCGCCUAUGGUGGAUGCAGGUCCACCAACCGCUGCAGAGGCAAUGAUGUCACCAGUUCCGGAGGAGCUCCAGGAGCACCAAGGCCAUCGGGAACGUCAUAAGAAGUCCAAGAAAAAGAAGAAGAAGAAGGAUAGAGAGAAGAAGCACAAACACCACAAGGAGAAGCGUCAUAGAAGUAGGGACCGUCACAGAGAUAUGGGCUCGGCGGAUGAGGAUAUUGUUCCUGGGGCAGAUGAUGCUGCAUGUAGUGGAUUCGCCUCACAAUCUAUUGCACCACCGGCAGCCGAUGCCGAUUCGAGUCAGGAUGGUUUUAGCUUCAUGGACGACGAUCAGUCACAGCCGCUGCCAGAAAAUAUUCUCUUCUAUGCUGGAAUCACCACGGAGAACUCGCCGUCCAACUGUCCAGUGACGAAGCCCAUAGCGCCGCGCAAGCUUGAGGAUAUCCUUAUGGGAUCCUCGCCAAAUUCGUCCUCCCUUCAGUCCUCAUCUCUGGGACUAGCGAGUAACAGUCCAACCAAACCUUUGCCAGAUCUCCUCAUACCAUCACCUUUGACCCCAGGGGGAGCCAGCUCUUUGAACGCUCUGACGCCCAAAGCCCUUGAGAACCCAAAAACACCCAGCACGUCCAGUGAGUCGGGCAGGGAGCCUAGAAGCUGUGUGCUUAAGCUGAAACAACAAAAAUCCCCCCUAAACAAGCUGCUUGAGCACCUGCUACGCUUCCUGGAAAAGCGGGAUCCGCAUCAGUUCUUCGCCUGGCCAGUAACCGAUGAUAUGGCACCCGGUUAUUCUUCUAUUAUCAGCAAACCCAUGGAUUUUUCCACAAUGCGGCAGAAGAUCGACGAUCACGAAUACUCUUCUCUUACGGAGUUCAGUGAUGAUUUUAAACUGAUGUGCGAGAAUGCCAUUAAAUAUAACCAUGUGGAUACCGUUUAUAAUAAGGCGGCGAAACGGUUACUGCAGGUGGGAAUGAAACACCUGCAGCCGGAGAAUCUAAUGCGGAGUUUGAAGCCCCUUUCGGGCUAUAUGCGUGAGCUGACGGCCAAGGAACUGGGCUUUGAAAUAAGCUCGAACGACAUGGGACGAGAAACUCACGAUUCGGCCGACGAGGGCGCUUCCACGGGAGCAGAGGAGCCUCCAACACCUGCACAGUUAGAGGAGGAGGAACGUAAGCGGGCGUUGCGCUUGGAAAAUGCACCUAAAACCCAUUUCGAGCCAUACGUGGAUGAUAUGACCAGUGAGGAAAUCCUGGCCCAAGUUCAAAGUGCCGCCCAGCAAGCCAAGCAGCGGCUGAAUUCCAAGAAGAAUGCUCACAAAAUGGGUUUCAUACGACAAACCAAGGAUGGCAGCACCACCCUGAAUCUUCUCAUUAAGGAGGAGAACGAGGGACCGGAAAGAGUUGUAACUAUUGGAGAUUUGGUGGGAAAACUGCAAACGGGCAGUACUCAGCUCCAAGUCCGGCAAGUCGACAAGAGGAAUGCCCUGAAAACAGUGAAACCUCUGAGCUAUGGAGCCUUUGCCAGCUUUGCACCCACCUUUGACUCGCGCUUCUCAACGUUGAGUGCCGAGGAAACCCAAUUGGUUCUCCGAACGUAUGGAGAUGCGUCCAGCGCAGAGUACGCUGAGAGUAUUCUGCAGUUCACCAAGGAUUCCAGCUACGGCACAACCAUUGCCAACGGCCUGUUGGACAUUCUCACCAAUGGAGAGCACAGCAAGUCCCUAGAAGAGCUUUACAACAUGCAGCUGCACUCCUACGAGCAGCGGGAGAUCGCCAAGUGCUUCGAACAGGAGGAGGAGACGGCAGCGCAUCAGGAAACAACCGAGCAAAUCGAGAAGGAGUACGAGAAAUACAAAAACACGCAAGUAGACUUUAAGCGGUUGAAAUCCCUUCAAGACCUGGGUAUCGAUGUGAGCUUCCUGGACGGCAUGGAGACGGAAAUGAAGAACUUUGAGCUCAACCAACGCAUGCACGAGCAUCUGAGCCAGAAUCUGACGCUGAUAGAGAAACUGCGGGUAACCCAGCAGGAUCGCUUGUCACAGCCAUUGCCCAGUCACUUGGGUCUCGUGCAGCCGGCGGGUCAGGAGGAGAUACAAACAGCUGCUCAGUUGACCCAGCAGAUCAGUGAGAUGGCCAAGAAACUGCCGCCCUCCGCCAUCGCCGAUCCGUAUUCUCUGCGCAAAGCCAUGGGUAUGACAUAUGCUGGCCUGCCACCACCGCAAUCCGCCUCCCCGCGUGUUCAGUUGCCGGAGUUGCUGCAGCAGCCAGUGGCGCUGCCCCAACUGCAACCGGUGGCCAUGGAUAUCGAUGAACCCGACGAGCAGCAUGGUGGCUCUGGCGGCGAUCUGGAGAACGAGCUGCGCGAAUUCCUUGAAAGCGGAUCGGGUCUGCAUUCUGCGAAUCCGGCAGAUGACAACAGCAUUGUGGCCCAGUGGCUCAACUAGGGGAUCAGGAUAUCCCAAAGACGCGCGCUAUGUUUAUAAUGUAAGAUAAUGACAUUUUUUCUAAAUUAUUUUCAAACAUUUAACCAAUGGCAGUUGCAUUCGAAAUAAAAUCUAAGAUACCUUUAAA